AGCGACUCGGAAUACAUUUUGUGUAACACCAAGGCCGCUUCCGGUUGACGAGGACACGUCACUCAUUCUACUGAGGAAGAGGACUGGUGCUAAACUCGUUUAUUGACCCAGUGUGAACAAAUUAGACAGCAAAAUCAUGUCGAACUCAGUCAUUUCGGUUAUUUCUCGGUUUCUAGAGGAGUACACCACCACGACGCCCAACAAGCUGAAAGUGGUGGAUGCAUAUUUGCUGUACAUCUUGUUGACAGGAGCGCUGCAGUUCCUCUACUGUCUGCUCGUCGGCACCUUCCCCUUCAACAGCUUUCUCUCGGGCUUCAUCUCGUGUGUGGGCGCUUUCAUCCUCGGAGUGUGUCUUCGUAUCCAGAUCAACCCACAGAACAAAGCAGACUUCCUGUCCAUCUCACCAGAGAGAGCCUUCGCUGACUUCCUGUUCGCUCACACCGUCCUGCAUCUGGUCGUGAUGAACUUCAUUGGUUGAAACCAACGUCCUCCCUUUCAGAAGAUCUCGACGAGAGAAGUUAUCAAACCACCCCUUCAAGACAUGAUCAGCUUUUGUGUCUCAUCCCACCAUCAACAAUUAAUUAGUUGCAUCUUAUCACUCAUGAUGCAGUACCAUUUUCUUACAGAUAAUGAUUGAUUUCUUGCAUUUUUCUUUUUUUAAUAUUUGAAUUUGUAAAGCAUUCCCUUUUGCACUGAGAAGAAGAAAUAAAAACAUCUCAAAUGGUGACAUGGAGAA